AAAUAGUUUACAAAACAUGGCAACAAUGGCAACGGGGCACGCUCUAUCAGUUUUAGCAAAUAAUUCUCUAAGAAAUCCGGUAGAUUCGAGAACAGGAAAGAUAGCUACUUUGUCUUCACCCCAAAAGCCACACAACAGCGGCAUUUACAGUCGAAGCGAGAACGGUUUACACGUUAAAAUCAGUGCAAAUGGGAUUGGGGAAUACACGUCUGAGCCCGUUUUUUCACAGACGAAUGGAGAUGCGACCCAUUUAAGUCCACAACUCCAGAACUUAACGGACGAAGAAUUUUAUGACAGACUUUCCAAGAUGAAGGAGAACCAAAAGAUGACUUUAGAAAAGUGUGAGAGGCUUUACAUGGAGAAGCGAGCUCUUGAAGAAAAAUAUGCAGCCAGUCCUCAUAACAGAAUAUUUGACAAUGAAGAUGUUGACAUCGAUACUGGGACUAUGUUUGUCAAUGGAAGAUUUAGAGGACAUGAUUGUGAUAAUCGUCUUGAAUACAGUAGCGACUACACCUAUAGCCCAAUAAAAACGUAUGAUAAUGUUUGUGACGUAAGAGACUUGACAUCGAAACCACCUGUUGCUCCAAGCCCACUAAACAGACCUCCAUCACGUCAGGGUCAAAGACCAGGACAUUCUUCUGGCCACUCUUUGACCAAAGGUAUAUCACACACCCAAGCUGACAAUAGAUCACCACCAAUACAGUGGAGAGCUGUCAGAUCUAGAAGUCUUAAUGGUGAUGGUGGUAAAAAUAUGUCUGAUUUUGAAAAUGAACUUAGUGACGAAGAAAUCAGUGGAUAUAUGAAGGCUCCUGCUGGAUAUAUGAGUGAUGACAACUAUUUGAGUGAUGAUGUAAUUCUGAGAAGAGAAGAGGUGAUGACUCCAAGCAAACUUGAAUUACAAAGAAUUGAAAGUAUGUGGGAUGACUUUUCCAUCAAUGACUACGCACCACGUCAAAGACCCUCAUCAGCUCCAGCUACAAGAAGAUCUGAGAAAAGCAAGAAGGCUUCAGAAUGGAGACAUAGGCUGACAAUACCUGAACCAUUUAAUAUGACAUUACGAGAAGAAGGCAAAGAAAAAAGAAAAACUAUCACUCAGAUUGAAGUUGAAGCUGAACGAAGAAGAAAAGAACAAGAAGAGGAAUUGGAAUGUCAGAAAAAAUUUCAAGCUAAACCUGUUCCUGCUCAUGUUUAUUUACCUCUGUAUGAUGAAAUCAAUGAGCAAGCUGAAGCCAAGAGAAGGUAUGUACGCCAGUAUUGUCAAGAAAUGCUGAAAUCCCAAGAAAAACCUUUUAAGUUUAUGAAAAGAGAGGAAUAUAAAGGAAAUCAACGAAGAAAUUCUGAACCUGCAGCCAUGGCAUUAGCUAAAGAGAAACGCAAGGAUAGGAAAUUUAAAGCCAACCCUGUUCCAGCCUUCAUUUAUGAUGAUAGUAUAACCAGGAAACAAAUGGAAGAUGAAGAGUACAGAAAAUUGAGAAUUAGUAUGAGAUCAGAAGAACUUUUGAAAGAAGCAGCAUUGCCACCUGGCAUGGAAGCUAGGGAAAAAAUGAAACAACAGAGAAUUGAAGAGAUAAAAAGACAGUCAAGAGCACGUAAACAUUUUAGGCCAAAAAAGCAGAAAAAGAUUCCAGAUUAUGACAGACUAUACAGAAAAUUUCAAAGUGAAUUAAAUCGUAGAAAAACUGAAUUAGAACCAACAGUAGUUGAGCCAUUCAGAUUACACACUGAUAGAACGUAUGGUGAUACACAGAAAGUUUUAUUAGACAUGGCAAGAGAUGAAGAAGUCUUAAUGGAAAAUAGGUGGCCUUAUCAAACCCCACGUGCUAGAACACCAACUAGAGCUAUUCCUCGAUCCAGAGUUGGUGAUCCAAGAGAUUCAUUUCCUGCACAAAUGACCAGAACUGCUGAGACAAGAAAUUCCGUAGUAAGGCAAAGCAUUGCUAAACAAAUAGAAAACAGUAAGAAAGAAAGCGAAGCUGAAAGACAUCGUAGAGUCAGAGAAAUGAAACUUAGGAAAUCUAUUCAAGAAAAAGCUGGUAGUAAAAAUUAUGGUCAACAGAAGGUUAAAGAUAGACUAAGGCAGUUUAAAGAAGAUGAAAGAUUACGUGAAGAACAAUAUCAGUCUGAAAUGGAAGCCAUGAAAGACCGAGUCAACCAACAACCUUUAUUGUUUGAACGACAGAAACAGAACAGUGCCAAGAGCAAGGCUGAGAAGAAAUUUGCUACAACAUUGAAAAAUGUAGGGUUAGAUGAAGACUUUAUAAAUUCAAGAAGUUCUGGUCCAAAUAGUGUAAGAAGUGGUCGUAGUGGUAAACACUACAGUGAUGAUCAUAAUGAUGAUGAUGAAGAUAAUGAAGAUGAUAAUGAUCAAAAUAAUACGUACACUCGUUCUAGAUCUUCAGAAAGGUAUUCAGACAGUUUUGAAGAGGUUGAAGAUUAG